GAAGUUGCUAGAAGAAGACACUGGUUUGGAAGGCAAUGAAUUUUUGACUGCAAUGCUGGACAGAGGGAAUGCUGGAUGAAGCACUUCACCGAUUCUGUCGGAUGCAAUUGACUGACCGACACAAUUCCCAUAUUGUGCAUUUAUUGAGCUGGAAUCACGAGCAAAAUAAGCAUUCAACACCAUGGUUGAGCAUCUCUACCUUAAAAAUGCAAUGUACUGAUGAUACAUAGAGUCAGACUUCCAGAGUUUCAUAAGUCACAAACUGCAGGAAACAAACCUAAUAACGUGGACAGUGUGGCUUUCUGUAUGACCAUUUCUCUCUAGAAUCAGUGUCUGGCUGUAACAUGUAUGACUGAGUCACUUGCCAUUGUGUAGUGUAGAAUAGUUUUACAGUAUGCAGAGCCGUUGGUGAGCUGGUGUGCUCGAGCUACAGCCAAUGUGGAGGGGAGAGUGGAGAAAGAGGUGGGGAAUUCAAAGAUCUGCACAUUUUAAAGGAAGCAAGAGCGACAUUUAAGCCCUUUUAAGCCUAGAAAGAUUUUUUUCAUAGGAAAAAAACUUAAAAAUAUGUUGUUUUUUAAACAUAGAGGGGACUUUGUAGGGGUUUAAUCAAUGCCAGAAGAGAGACUUUAAGCAUUUCUAUUUUAUCUGAUUAUGCAUGUGAUCACAGACAGGACUAUUUUAUAAAACUUGUCACUCGAUUAGGUACAAACUGAAACCAUAUAAGAUCAGUUUGGCUGCUUUGCCACUUGAUUUACAUGUUUAAUCUAAUGCAAGAUGAUGAGGCAGAAUUACAGAGCCAGAUUCUACAGUGGCCCCUCGUGGAGAUUGCAAAACACAAAUUAACAAUGCUAUUAACUGGUAAUUGAUUUCCAGCAUUUGAUUAAAAAAUAGUACACACAUAAUGUCUAUGUCUGACUUGACCCAUAUUUUGUGGAAGUGUUAUCAUUCUUAUAUCAAUACAUUCUUUUCUGGUUUUAAAAUGAUUUAUCAAGGCUAUAUUUUUUCAUUUCAGCAUGAUGCAGGCAACAGCAGUUACUAAAUCAACUUUAGUGUUGAUCUGGUGAUUGUAAAACAAGGUUUUUCAGUGUUUUAUCAAAAGUCAAAAUGAAGCUCUAUCAGUGGACUUUAUGGAAAGUCCUGCUGUGGAGAGAGAGAGGAGGGCAGAGCAGGGCCUUAGUGACAUCUCCAAACAUGUCAGCACAGCACAUUGGACAGCACAGCCCUGCCCUCAGAACCAAACGGCAAGAUCAACAAGGGCAAAGCUGUUUUCUCUUUGGCCCUAACAGCAACCUGUUGUCCUUUAAACAAAGGUUGAACGGUCCGCAGGUAUCUUCUCCAAAAGGACCCACCUCUUCUCUUCUGAUGCUUAGUCUUUUGGAUUUAAAUAUUUCUUCCACUCAACCAUGACCACUUCACUUUUCUCCACCCUCGGAUUUGUCCACUCUCUGAAUGUCCUACUUCUGGUGCUGCCCGGUUUGAGCUCCGGCAGCCCCAUCAAGUCUAUCGAGAGCCGCCACGGGGCCUCAGCUGGUAGGGAUGUGGGUGACGGUCAGCUAGUCGAUGCACAGGACUUUCUGAGCCAGUUUCUGUCCACACUGAAUCUCACAAUGCUGAGGCCCCAGACCGGGCCCCUCGCUGCCCAUAAAGAGCCACCACAGUACAUGCUGGAGCUGUACAACCGAUUCGCCAAUGACCGCACUGCUGUGCCAUCAGCCAACAUUGUGCGCGGUUACAAGAACGAAGAAUCUUCACCCUACAGUAUAGGAAACAGGGGUGUAAGGAUACAUCCCCUACUGUUCAAUAUCUCCCUGCCCCACCACGAGCACAUCACAAUAGCAGAGCUUCGCCUCUUUACUCUGGUUCGGAGAGCCCAAAGACCGUAUCCUGGCUUUGACUGCAAGGUGACAAUCUACAAAGUACAUGAGGGUGCCGUCUGGACAAAAGAGGUGGAGAAAGAAGGGAGAAGGAGGGAUAAAGAGGAGGUGGUGGAGAUGAAGGAUUUGGAGGAACUGGUGACAAAGCAUAUUCACGCCAAAGAUAAUAGCUGGGUGUUGUUUGACCUGACUCGUGUGGUUUCCCUCUGGCGGAAGUCGGGGUGUGCAACUCACAGAUUGGAGGUUCACGUUGCAAGUGUGGGGUCAGAGGAGGAGGGCUCAGUUGAGAUCGACUUUGACAGGAACCUGGACGGGAAACACAACGCAGUGAUGAUUGUUUUCUCAGAUGAUCAGAGCAGAGACCACAAACAGGACAAACAAGAGCUCAACGCGAUGAUCAAACAUGAGAAUGACCUUCCUGAAAACAUGGGCAGGAGCCAGCAACCGCUCUGGGAGCAUGUUAAUCACAACACUGGCCGUGUUAACCACGACGAGCCGGACAAACAGUCUCUCAUGCAGCUGCAGUCCAACCUUAUCUAUGACACACCUCCUCGAAUCCGUCGCAAUGUUAAGAGCGAGUCAUGCAAGAGGACGCCUCUCUUUGUGGAUUUUAAAGACAUCGGAUGGGAUACAUGGAUCAUCCAGCCUCUGGGCUACGAAGCGUACGAGUGCAACGGUGUUUGCAACCCACCCAUGACCGAUGAGGUCUCGCCUACCAAACACGCCAUCGUGCAGACACUGCUGAGCGUUAAGAGUCCUGAGAGGGCAUCGCGUGCCUGCUGUGUUCCCACUAAGUUGGAGCCCAUUUCACUCCUUUAUCACGAUAACGGGGUGAUCACAUUCAAUCACAAGUAUGAGGGGAUGGUGGUGGCAGAGUGCGGCUGUAGAUAGUCCUGAAAGUAUCACUCAGAGAGACAGACUGUGCAAUGGCAGAAGAAGAAGAAUCAUCUAUCUAUCUAUCUACAGUUCUCAUACAGUGGCGUGUAAAAACACAAGUCUGGACAUAGCUGUAAACUAGAGAUGGUGUAAAUGUGCAAUUGUAU